AUGACCGAACAAGCAGCAAUAUUUGAAGAUGAUGAUGAUGAUACUUUUGAUUAUGAUCAUAAGUUCUUCGAUCAUGAUCCUUUUCCUAAUGAAUGUGAAAAUGAAGUUGUUGCUGUUGAAACUUUUACUUCGUGUUUUAUAAGACGUUACAAUUUUUGUCCGAUGUUUUUUCCUGGUUCUCUUCAAGAUGCUUGUCAAAUAGCUUUCAAUUCGCAAGUGAUUAAGGAACGUCGUCCAGUACUUAUCUAUAUACAUCAUGAUCAAAGCAUAUUCAGUAAUAUGUUUUGUUCAAAUAUAUUCUGUACAGAAAUUAUUAUUGAAUAUUUACUUGAAAACUAUAUUGUUUGGCCUUGGGAUAUAACAUUCGAUUCAAAUAAAAAUAAGUUGAUACAAAUCUGGAGAGAAAUAUUUUCUACUGAAUUACUGAAUAUAACAUGUGUUGAAAAAUGCCCAAAUCUUAUUGGGAUUAUGCGACGAUCAGCAAGAGCAAAUGAUUGGUCAUUAACAUCAGAUUAUGAAAUAAAACUAUUGCUUAACGGUGAUACAUUAACAUGUACUCAAGGAAAAUUAACUUGUGAAACUUUACUAUGUGAAUUGAUCAAUUUGAAGGAAGAAUUCGAUGAAAAUGAACAAGCUUUAUCAUUCGAUUUUACUAAUAAAAGUGGUCUUUGUUGUGAAAUCAUUUUUGAAAUAACUAAAUAUCUUUCAUUAAAUGAUGCAAUUAAUGCCUUUUCCAAUAAUAUUCUUUCUUUCGUACAUAAAUAUGAAACAAAAAUACAUAUUUCUGAAUCUUCUUAUACAUUUAUCAAUAUGAUUAUUCGAAAAAUUAAACUUGAACAUAUUAUUUCCUUACAUCUUAAUGAUGUUUCAUUCUCAAAAAUAAAAGAAUUAAAUUCGUCAAUUAUUUUUACAAAUGUUAUCUCAUUGACUCUUCUCAAUUAUCAAUUGAUGAAUUUUAUCAAAGAAUACGAAGAAUAUUUUCCUAAUUUAAUUCGUUUUUGUCUUUGGUAUGACAAUCAAGUUAAUUUUCAUAUAAUUAGUGGUAUCAGUUCUCAAUUUUGGAGUUCAAUUAAACGAUUCGAAAUUCAUUGUGCUGGACCACUUUGUACACAUUAUAAUAUCAAUGAAUUCACGAUGAGAUUACUUAGAAAUUAUACAAUAGAAUAUUUUCUACUUGAUGUUAGGCAUCUUCCUUUACCUUCAAUGUAUGAAUGUCGGGACUUUCAAGAAUCAUGUGUUUUAAUGAUAACAAUUGAUUUUAUCGCAAAAAUUCACAAUAUUCGACAUGUUCAUCUCAUCAUCAGUAAUCAAUACGAUCUUAAGAAAUUGUUAAAUGCCUAUGAAUGGAUAGAAUUAACAAAUACAUGCCAUCAAUUGAAGAAAAUAACGUUACAAGUAAUGGAAAGUAUAUUUGAAGACCAACAAUUAAUAAUGAAAAUAAUUGAAAUUCAAAAUAAAUUGUAUAAUAUAAGAAAAACAAUCAAAUUUCAAGUUGUAUCCAUGUGA